CAAACAGCCUCUUCUCCUAGAGGCACUGUGUGGAGCCUCUGGUGUCCAGAGGAUUUUCACCGCUGGUACAGGAGGGAAGCAGGUGGAUGGAUAAGAAGCAUGGCCUUGCUCCUGCUGACUCUGCUGGCGUUCCUGGGCUGGGGCUCUGGAUGUCAUCAUCGGCUCUGCCACUGCUCUAACCGGGUCUUACUCUGCCAAGACAGCAAGGUGACCGAGAUUCCCUCCGACCUCCCUCGGAAUGCAGUUGAGCUGAGGUUUGUCCUCACCAAGCUUCGAAUCAUCCCAAAAGGAGCAUUUGCAGGAUUUGGGGACUUGGAGAAAAUAGAGAUCUCUCAGAACGAUGCCUUGGAAGUGAUAGAGGCAGAUGUGUUCUCCAACCUGCCCAACUUACAUGAAAUUAGAAUUGAAAAGGCUAACAACCUGCUGUACAUCAAUCCUGAGGCCUUCCAGAACCUUCCCAACCUCCGAUAUCUGUUAAUAUCCAACACAGGUAUAAAGCACUUGCCAGCUGUUCACAAGAUUCAAUCUCUUCAAAAGGUUUUACUAGACGUUCAAGAUAACAUAAACAUCCACACAGUUGAAAGAAAUUCUUUCAUGGGGCUGAGUUUUGAAAGUGUGAUUCUAUGGCUGAAUAAAAAUGGGAUUGAAGAAAUACACAACUGUGCAUUCAAUGGAACCCAGCUAGAUGAACUGAAUCUAAGUGAUAAUGGUAAUUUGGAAGAACUACCCAAUGAUGUUUUCCAGGGAGCUUCUGGGCCAGUCAUUCUAGAUCUUUCAAGGACAAGAAUCAAUUCUCUUCCUACCCACGGCUUAGAAAAUCUUAAGAAGUUGAGGGCCAAGUCAGCAUAUAACUUAAAAAAGCUUCCUAACUUGGAAAAGUUUGUUGCCCUGGUGGAAGCCAGCCUCACCUACCCUAGCCAUUGCUGUGCUUUUGCAAACUGGAGACGGCAAAUCUCUGAACUUCAUCCAAUUUGCAACAGAUCUAUUUUAAGGCAAGAAGUCAAUGAUAUGACUCAGGCUGGGGCUCAGAGAGUCUCUCUGACAGAAGAUGAUGAGUCCAGUUACGGCAAGGGCUUUGACAUGAUGUAUGGCGAAUUUGACUAUGAUUUAUGCAAAGAAGUGGUUGACGUGUCCUGCUCCCCUAAACCAGAUGCAUUCAACCCCUGUGAAGAUAUAAUGGGGUACAACAUCCUCCGAGUCCUCAUAUGGUUUAUUAGCAUCCUGGCAGUCACUGGGAACAUCACCGUGCUGGUGGUCCUUACCACCAGCCAAUACAAACUCACGGUCCCCUGGUUCCUUAUGUGCAACUUGGCCUUUGCCGAUCUUUGCAUUGGAAUCUACCUGCUGCUCAUAGCAUCCGUUGAUGUCCACACCAAGAGCCAGUACCACAACUAUGCCAUUGACUGGCAAACUGGAGCAGGCUGCGCUGCUGCUGGCUUUUUCACUGUCUUUGCCAGCGAACUCUCAGUCUAUACUCUGACGGCCAUCACCCUGGAGAGGUGGCACACCAUUACCCACGCCAUGCAGCUGGAAUGUAAGGUGCAGCUCCGCCAUGCUUGUACCAUCAUGGCGAUGGGCUGGAUCUUUGCUUCUGCAGCUGCCCUCUUUCCCAUUUUUGGGGUCAGCAGCUACAUGAAGGUGAGCAUCUGCCUGCCCAUGGAUAUUGACAGCCCUCUGUCACAGCUAUAUGUCAUGCUCCUCCUUGUGCUCAAUGUUCUGGCUUUUGUGGUCAUCUGCGGCUGCUACAUGCACAUCUACCUCACAGUGAGGAAUCCUAACAUCAUGUCCUCUGCUAGCGACACCCGAAUUGCAAAGCGCAUGGCCAUGCUCGUUUUCACUGACUUCCUCUGCAUGGCACCCAUUUCUUUCUUUGCCAUUUCUGCCUCCCUCAAGGUGCCCCUCAUCACUGUGUCCAAGGCAAAGAUUCUCCUGGUCCUGUUCUACCCCAUCAACUCCUGUGCCAACCCUUUCCUCUAUGCCAUCUUCACCAAGAACUUUCGCAGGGAUUUCUUUAUGCUGCUGAGUAAGUGUGGCUGCUAUGAAAUGCAAGCCCAGAUUUACAGGACGGAAAGCUCAUCCACUGCUCACAACUCCCACCCAAGAAAUGGCCACUGCUCUUCAGCUCCAAGAGCCACCAAUGGUUCAAGUUACAUACUUGUCCCUCUAAGCCAUUUAGCUCAGAACUAAAACAUAAUGUGAAAAGUAUGUGCAUGUUGAAUGAAAAGUAAGCCUUUCCUUUGAAGAGUAUGCCACAGGACAGCUG